AUGUCAGAGUGGGAAUCAAGAUUGUGGCUAAUUAAUGACGUACUUGAUGAGGCGGACCAGAAGCCAGAUACAAACCAGGCUAUGAAAAAUUGGCUCAGCAAGCUCAGAGACUUGGCUUAUGAUGUGGAGGACAUACUUGACGAAUGCCAAACAGAAGCCUUGAAAAGAAAGUUGAAAGGUGCAAAGUCUCAAGCCAGCACAAGUACAGUGCAACCAAGUGCUGCUCUGCCUAAUGGACCCAAGCUACAGGGGAUUGGUGCCAGAUGGGAAGAUAUCAUGAAAGAGAGAAGUGAUCUUGGCUUGGACAUAAAUGUUACACGGAGGUCCAACAAAGCAAACCCAAGAGUGCAGACAACAUCACUGGUCAAGGAACCUAAGUCUGUUAGUGGAGAAAUAUGCUACCAUUUGGAUGCUAAGAAGUCAAGUGGUGCAACAUCAUAUGCAAAGGUUCGCCAUUUGUCGCUCAUUUUUCACCGGUAUGGCACCUCACAAAGGUUUGAAGCUGUCUAUGAAAUGGAGAGUUUGCGGACAUUACUGGCAAUUCGAAGUUCAUCAUUUGGAGGACUGACAUACUUAUCAAAUAAGCAAUUGAGCAUAGAACGGAUGAGUAACUUGAAAGGCAUGGCUGUUGACAAUUUUCCAUCUUUGGAGACUCUUUACAUAGGGGAUAUGUUGGAGUGGGAGCAAUGGUAUUGGUCUAAUGGUCUCAAUGAAGAUCCAGGAGGAAAGUUUCCUAAGCUGGUUGAGCUUACACUGCGAAACUGUGAUAAGUUAAUUGGGAAAUUGCCCGGGUGCCUUCCAUUCCUCAAAAAGCUUCACAUUUCCGGUUGUCGACAAUUAACAAAUUUACCUGAAAUGCUUCCAUCUCUUUGCGAAUUGACAGUUAAAGAUUGUGACGAGGUGAUUUUCAGAAUGAAGCCUAAUUUCUCCUCCCUCACGACCUUGGAAAUUAGUGGAAUUUCAGGCCUUGUAGGUUUACAUGAACCAUUUGUAGAGGCCUUAGUAGCACUUGAGGACCUGGAAAUUGAAAGAUGCCGGGAACUGAAGUACUUGUGGCAAGAUGGCGUUGAUUUAAGCAAACUUGCUAAUCUAAAGAGUUUGAAGAUCUUCGAGUGUGAGCAGCUUGUGUCAUUGGUGAAAGGAGCGAAAGGCAUUUUUCCGUACACUCUCAAAAGUUUUCAAAUGGGAGGGUGUCAUUCUAUGGAGUCGCUGCCUGAUGGGAUGAUGACAGUGAUGAGUAGCAACAAUAGCAAUCAGUGCCUUCUAGAAGAGUUGGUGAUACAAGACUGUCCAUCGCUCAAAUCACUUCCCAGGGGGAAGUUGCCUACCACGCUCAAGAAAUUAGAAGUUGAAGGAUGUAAAGAAUUAGAGUCUGAAUAUAGGUUUCUAGAAGGAAUUAUGCGGUGUGAUGCCCACCUUGAGUAUUUGCGGGUAUCCAAAUUCUCCAUCACAUCCUUUCCAACUGGCAAGUUUCCUACUCCUCUUAACACACUUAAAUUUGACGGUUGCAGAAGAAUACAAUCAUUGCCUUCCCUACUUAACCUCUCCCAUCUCACUAAAUUGAUAAUAAGAUGCUGUGAUGAGUUUGAGUCAUUCUCAGAUCAGGAAUUGCCCAAUCUUACCUCUUUAGCUAUAAUGUAUUGUUGGAAACUGAGAUCUCUACCCAAUCACAUGGACAGCCUUCGAGAAUUAUGGAUCUUAAGUUGCCCCAAUCUGGUGUCGUUUCCAGAGACGGGUUUGCCUCCUAAGCUAACUUUACUAUACGUGAUGAGUUGCAAGAAUCUGAGACAGCCAAUAUCAGAGUGGAGACUCCAUACACUCACAUCUCUUAAACAACUCACAAUCUCCAAUACAACAGAUGAGGAUUGCUUUCCAGAUGAUGAUGGUCUACUGCUUCCCACUUCGCUAACUUUGCUUCAUAUCAAAGAUCAAAAGAAACUCAAAUCCAUAUCCAGUAGCAUCCAACACCUCACCUCUCUUGAAGAAUUAUGGUUUAUUAAUUGUCCUGAACUCCAUGUCUUGCCAAAGGAGGGCUUCGCCGCCGCACUUGGACAUCUAUGGAUCUUGGAUUGUCCUCUUCUGGGAGAAAGGUGCUUAAAAGAGGAAGGGGAUUAUUGGCCCAUCAUUGCACACAUCCCUGGAGUUGAUGUCUAUCAUACCCACCCACAAAGCCAUGCGAAUCAGGUAGACUUACACCAGAGAUCUAUGGCUGUUGGAACUCACUUAUUAUGCUAUGAACUACGGAGGCACUGUGUUUUUACAAUUUCUAAGGAACAGAAGCUUGCUUUAAUAGUCCGGAAGUCUGAAUUCUCUUCUGUAGGAGCAUAUGAAGUUAUUGUGACAUUCGAAAUGCAAUGGCAGCGUUCAGAGGAAUUACCCAAAGCUCUCUCAAAAUUUUCUAUCAACCCCAACUCCAUCCCCUAUUGUUCUUCUCCAGAGGGUUCUCAUCCAAACUUUUUGUUAAAGUAUUUUGAAUUCUGGUUUGGGAGUUGCGGAGUAUGUGCUCAUAUAACUCAACUGAACCUUGAUUUCAAACCAUCAGUCACAGGUUUAUCUUUCUCCAGUACAGAAAAGACGAUAGUUGCAGCAUUUUCAGAAUUUGGAAAAGUCAUUGAAGCUAAAAUAGUAAUGGACAAAGCUCGAAACAGACCUAAAGGUUAUGGAUAUGUAACCUUUUCUAAGAAGGACGACGCUGUCAAAGCUUGUGAGGGGAUGAAUGGGAAGGUAAUUGCAUUGCUUCUCAUGGCUCCAUUCUCUAAACUGUCAAACCAAGAAUAA